CGAACUUCCGCCCGAGGUGGCGGCGGCGAUGUCGGGGGACAGCAGCGGGCGGCGGCCGGAGGGCCGGGGCCGGGCCCGCGAGCCGCACCGGGGGCGCCCCCGCUCCCGCUCCCGCUCCCGCUCCCCGCUCGGGCCCCGCCGCGGCGCCGCGCCCGCGCGCAGGGAGGCCCCGGAGCGCCCGAGCCCGGAGGACGGGGAGCCGUCGGACUCGGGGGACGAGCUGCUGGACCCCGCGAGCCUGGAGGCGGAGACGGACCACGGCCUGUGCCGCCAGAUCCGCCACCAGUACCGGGCGCUCAUCACCUCCGUGCAGCAAAACCGGGAGGACAUCCUGAACGCCAGCGACAGGCUGACCGAGGUCCUGGAGGAGGCCAACACCCUGUUCACUGGAGGUGUGUCCCGAGCCCGGGAAGCCGUGCUGGACGCCCACUUCCUGGUUCUGGCUUCCGAUCUGGGCAAAGAGAAGGCCAAGCAGCUGCGUUCCGACCUGAACUCCUUCGACAUGCUGAGAUACGUGGAGACUCUCCUGACGCACAUGGGCGUGAACCCGCUGGAGGCCGAAGAGCUGGUCCGCGAGGAUGACAGCCCGGACUUUGAGUUCAUCGUCUACGACUCCUGGAGAAUAUCAGGCAAAACGGCAGAAAACACCUUUAAUAAAACCCAUACAUUCCACUUCCUGCUGGGCUCCAUCCAGGGAGAGUGCCCCGUGCCGAAGCCGCGAGCCGAGCGCCCCAGGAGGAUCUGCGCGUCGGAGAAGGAGCGGGAGAUGCCCGUCCAGCUGAAAAGAAUGGAGGAAUCGCAGCAGGAAGCCACGGAAAAGGAAGUGGAGAGGAUCUUGGGGCUGCUGCAGACGUACUUCCGGGAAGAUCCUGACACUCCCAUGUCCUUCUUUGACUUCGUGGUCGACCCACAUUCCUUCCCUCGAACAGUGGAAAACAUCUUCCAUGUCUCCUUCAUCGUAAGGGAUGGUUUUGCAAGAAUAAAACUUGACCAAGACCGACUGCCAAUAAUAGAGCCUGUUAAUAUUAAUGAGGAAAGUGAGGGCAUUGACCAAAACACCCAAAUCAGGAAUCAAGGGAUUAUAGCUUUGAGUUACCGCGACUGGGAGGAGAUUGUGAGGACCUUUGAGAUCUCGGAGCCCGUGAUUGUCUCUGGCCCCAGCCAGCAGAGCCUGAGUGCUGACGGCAGCUGAAGGACUCAAAUGGAUAGUGACAUCCAGAAAGGAGAACAGCAUGCGUUGUAUAUAUUGUAUGAUUGACAUUUUUAAAGGCAGAUUGUUUUUAGUAAACUGUAGCUUUUGAUAGUUGAUGGAUUUGUCAUGGUUGUCUUUGAUUAAAGGAAUUCACUGCCAUGUUCACAA